UUUGUUUUAUCAGGUCUGCUGGGGAUAGCGUGAAUCGUCUGUAUCACAGGAGGCUCUCCACAUGGCCCAGGAGGCUUAGUAUCAUAGGGCGUCUUAUGAGGCAUGUUGUCAUCUCCCUUGCCUUGAUGCCUCAUAUUAAAGAUCAUGGAGCUUGGAAAGGCGAAGCUUCUGAGAACUGGCCUUAAUGCCCUGUACCAAGCAAUUCACCCUGUGCAUGGUAUUGCCUGGACAGAUGGGAAACAAGUGAUACUAACUUCUUUACGCCUUCAUAAUGGAGAACCAAAAUUUGGUGACUCCAGUGUUGUCGGUCAGUUUGAACAUGUCCAUGGACUCUACUGGGGCCCCUGUCCCCCUGAUGCCCCAGCUCUGCUUGCUGUUCAACAUAAAAAGCACAUCACCAUUUGGGAGCUCUGCUUCAACGUCACAGAAAGAAAUAAGCUCUUAGUGUCGCAAAUAUGUGACAUCAGUGAGCCGUUUCCUGUGCUCCCCCAAGGCUGCGUGUGGCAUCCAAAGAAGGAGAUUUUGGCUGUGCUAACUACACGGGAUGCCUCUGUCUUGCACUCUGUGCAUCUCAACAACUCCAGAAUUAAAGCAGAUAUUAAAGGCAGCGGUCUGAUCCACUGUGCGUGUUGGACCAAGGAAGGCAAUCGCUUAGUAGUGGGAGUAGGCAGUGCCCUUCAUUCCUACAUUUGGGACGAUGCUCAGAAAACACUCAAUGCUUGUUCUUUUUGCCCCAUCUUUGAUGUGGGAGGCUAUAUCUGUGCUGUGGAAGCUACUCUGAAUUUCCAAGUUGCUGUUGCCACUGAGCUUCCUCUAGACAAGAUCUGUGGCUUAAAUGCUGGUGUUGCAUUUGAAGUUCCAUCAAGCAUUGAAACAGAGUCCUUCCCCUCACAGUCCAGCUUAGGUGGUGAGGAGGAGUAUUCCAUGGAUGGGGGGAAAAAGUCACUGGACUCUGAGAAGCCCAUGCCUGUUGUUACAUCUCCUGUGGAUCUAACUCACAUACUUUCUAGCAAGCAGGGUGCUGAUUCCAGUCCUCUCCUUCAUCUGAGACCCAAGGACUACCUAACGGGAAGUGGCCAAGAUUCUUCACAUCUCAUCUUGGUGACUUUUGAAAGAAAAGUUACCUCUACCAAGAAGGGUAGCAUCCCAGGCAUUCUGGUUCCUGAUAUAAUGGCUUUUGACCCCAAAACUCAGACUGUAUCAGUUGCCUCCAAUACUUGUAAUGUUAUUUUAGUCUAUUCACUAACUUCAUCCAAUUUACCCAAUAUUCAACAAAUUCAGCUAGGGAAAAAUGAGAAACCAAAGGGUUUGUGCUUCUUGACCAAUAAAUUGUUACUGAUACUGGUUGGAAGACAAAAAUUCACUGACCCUGCAUUUCUUCCUUCUUCAAGAUCAGACAAAUACAUGAUUCGAUUGAUGAUUAAAGAACUAAUGUUUGAAAUGGGUCGUUCAACAUCUGCACCAGUUAAUGGGAGCUCCAAUUUGAACCUUUCAAGCAUACCUCAUGACCUCUCUGCAGAUGUUCACCCGCUCAGCUGUGGACUCUUGAUACCAGAUCGUGCUAUUACUCAGUCCCCUACCUGCAGAAGAAAACUCAUAGAAGAAAUAAAGAGUCCUGUUAAUGAGCAAAGCUUGUCGUUGAGCAUGAAUGACCUCAAAGAUAAAAAGAUUUCUGUGAAUUUUCAUCCAGCUGCUGAGUCUCUAGAUGCCGAACCAGUUAAUCGGACUGCGGCGCUGUCUGCCACAUCGCUGGUGUUUUCUAACAAGCCAGCAUCUCCAAAAAGGCAGGUAGAUGCAGCUUCCAAAAUACCAAAUUCUUAUAAGAAUAACCUCUUCAGUGAAAAGGAGGCAAAUUACUUUUUGAAGAAUGUAGAAAAACUGUCUGGUAACUUCACAGAACUACAGUGUCGUCUGUCUGAAUUAACUGAGCUGCUCAAAUCUGGGAAGAGAAAUCUUCCAGUGUACCCUUCUUCUCAGGAACCCUCUUUCAUUAACAUCACUUGCCAGAAGCAGCUUUCCAGAAGUGAUUCAGAUGAAAGACGAGCUGUUAUUCUCUGCGGUGAUAAACUUCGUCUAAAUACAAUCCAGCAGAUAUUCAAUCUCUCUCUUGUAGAAAUGCAGCAUGGUUCAUCUUGGAUUGUUCUCACAGCAGACAGCGAGGGCUUUGUUCCAUUAACGUUUACGUCCACCCAGGAGAUAGUCAUAAGAGAUGCCAGUAUGAAAGGCUACAGUGCUCGUUCUUCCAAAACUUUGGACAUCAUCAGUUCUACAGAAGGAUGCUGACCUGUUUCUUCUGAAAGUCUGCUUAUCACAAGUUCUUUGGAAGCCCUCACUGAAUACUCUUCCAUGGCUUUAGACAGCAGCAGCUCUUCAGAACAGCCUGGCAGUAAAAUGUGAAUUUUGACCAUGAUUUUGUAAUGCCUGUCUUAUAAUGGGAGGCUUCUACUGUGUAGGAUUACAAAUUCUAAGCAACAAUCUGUCUCAAAUCUCUGAUGGAUUUCUGUUAAAUUUUUUGUUGCAUAUCACUGUGAAUUAUUGAUUUGUUCAUUGAAAACUUCUUUUUUUCCCCUACUGUGCAGUGUUUUUUAAGUAUGCUUCUUGCAGUGGAGACUGGAUAUUUGUAUCAGUGGCUGAAAACAUGCCCUUACAGGCUUCUGAGCUAAAGUUUCCAUCUUGGGCUUUAAUAUG